AUGCCGCCAUCUGGAUCCAAUUUGCAUCCCAUUGAGCUAUCAAGUGAUACUGCAUCUUAUGCAGGUUCACCUUAUCAGGGUCCUGAUGAAUGGGACCAAUAUUUUAAUCAUUUCACUUUUGUCAACACACUACCUUAUCCACAUCCACAAACACCGCCACCUCCACAGGAGGAUGAAUCAAUGGAGCCAGUGGAGCAGCAACCACAACAACCAUCACCUCAACCGAGGAAGCCUAGCAGAGGUACACGUAUGUCGGUACGUGUCGGGCAGUGGUCGGGAUCACUUCCACCUUUGCCUCCAACUUAUCCUACUAUACCAGAGGACCUACAAAUGGGUGGACCCUCUAACCUUGAACCUAUUGUUGAGCCACCUCAAAAACCACCUAUGGGUUUUGUUAACCCUAUUCCUACAUAUCCAGAUGUGACUGAAUAUGAUACUUCAUACACGGCAACCCCUAUGGAUUUUAAUUAUCCGACUCCGUCAUACGACCCCUAUUUACAUGAGGUUGUUCAUAAUGCCCUUUACCCAUCACAUUUUCUUCCUGCUUAUCCAAAUAUCGGGUAUCCUAAUUAUGGGUACCCGUAUCCGGUUUUUCCACAAUCACAACCACCACAACAAAUUAAGGUUAUCAAUCAAGCCAUGGAACGAGCAGAACAGAUUCAGCAACAGGCUGAAAAGAAUGAAAGGAGAAUGAGCAAGAUCUUCAAGAAACUUUCCAAAAUCAUCAAAGGAAAGAAGGACAAAUGA